AUGUGCUCUGCUACGAACCUUCCGUCAUCUUCUGAUGGGUCCACGCCAAGCUCCCAGCGACCUACUCUGGGCAAAAAGGGGCCAUCUAAGCGUUCUCUGCUAUCCAAUGCGGAGACACCUUCAUCGAGGGUAUCGAAGUCGAAAUCGGCAUCAUCUCUUCGAGAACCCAAGCCCGAAUCUCGAAGGGAAGCCUUGGUUGCCAACAAGAGCUCGUCUCGGCGUUCUUUGCAGAGACCAACAUUGAGGAGCGCUCAAUCAUCCCGCACCCUCGUUGCGCGCAAAGAAUCGUUGAGAGGAUCAUUGGUGUCCACCAGGAAGUCCUCGUCUCAGCGUUCCCUGCUACCGACAUCCAAUGCGGAGAGGCCGUCCUUGAAGAGCUCUCAAUCGUCUCGUUCCCUCGUUGCACGCAAAGAAUCGUUGAGAGGAUCAUUGGUGUCCACCAGGAAGUCCUCUUCUCAGCGUUCUCUGCUACCAACAUCCAAUACGGAGAGGCCUUCCUUGAAGAGCUCUCAAUCGUCUCGUUCCCUCGUUGCACCAAAAGGAUCGUUAAGGGACUCCCUAGUGGACACUAGGAGAAUCUCUUCUGAACGUUCCUUGAACGCGAGGUCUGUUAGCUUGAGAGAAGUCUUGAGCAACGAAGACAAUAAGAAAGAAAGCCCCAAAAAGAAGGAUGAUCGUGUCUAUGGCCACAAAGCGCCAUCUCACAAGCGCUGUCUAGGUCUGAAGCCAUCGACUGGUGGCGACGGAAUCUUCCUGGAUGCUGGUGUUAGUGAGCAAAAGAAGAAAGUGAAGUCCAAGCGGUCGACAAAGGAACUCAAAAAUCCCACGCGGUUGGCUCUAGCGUCAUUUGCAGAAGGCUUUGACAAGAAAAAGAGCAAGUCGUCCGCUGGCAAGAGAGGUACCGGUAGCUCAAAAGGGAAGAGAGCUGCGCCUACAGCUUAG